UUUUCAAUUGUUUCUCAAAAAUGGCUGAAAUGUUAGACAAAUUCGCGGAAAAAUGGAUUGAAAUUAAUUUUCCGAAUUUCUGGUUCGCCUUUCGUUUUGACAACAAGUGUUUGGAUAAAGAAAUGUCUUGUCUCGAGUUUCUCCAAGAUUUGCGUCAAAAACAACUUCUGGCGCUCGAAAUCAGAACCGAAAAGAGAUUAUUCUGUCGUUCGACAAUCAAGUGUCGAAUCAAUGGAAAAGAACUGAAGGCAGUGUUGGACUCGGGAUCAGAUUGCAGUUUUCUAGACGUUUUUGUGGCCAAAAGCGUCGGAAUCUGUCAUUUAGUGGACACACGGUUCAAAACAAGAGUUUUCGGUUUAAACGGAAAAACGACUUUUGUCGGACGCAUUCAUUGCCUUGACUUAUGUUUUGGCCAACAUUCUCUCAAUUUCCCGUUUUCGGUGACCAAUGGCUUUGGUCUGGCAGUCGUAGUGUUGGGAACCGACUUUCUCACGCAUUUCGGCGCAAAUCUCGACUUUGUGGCCAAAACCAAAAAGUUUCCAUAG